AUAUUUUCGGGACAUUUUUUGUUAUAGUGUUGGCGUCGCAGUUGCGGUAAGAUUGGUGGGGUUUUAUUUUUCUAAGUUGGCAAUCGUUAAAUAUUUUUAUUCUUAUCACUCCGGAAGAACCGAGUUAUCACGCGGUUUAAGAUAUCUGAUAUCACCGCCUCACAUUGUGAUUAUGUUAUUAUAUUGAUAUUGUCUUGACUUGUCUCUUGGCCGUGUGCAGCUGCUGUACUCCUGUAAGUGUAUGCCCCUAAACUUUUACUAUAAUUGUAUAAAUUAAUUAAUAAUUAAUUUCACGUCGGACGUGUGAUAGCAGAUAUUGCGAUUUAUUUUCGCUACUUCAAUGGCUACUGAUUGUGAGAAACGGUUAUUGAAACAAUUUCUGGACGGAAUCGAUACAAAUGAAUUAUGCAAAAUUGUCCGAUCUGUCUACCAUGGUGGUGCAAUCGCAGCAAAUUCCCGAGAAGAUGCUGAAUUGUUACUAUUGUCUCAACCUUUUUCACGGGUAUUGUCCAGUAAAAAAGUACAGACAACUGUGUUGUUGAAGUUUUUAAUUUCAAAAGGCUUAAUACCUACUACUGAUAUGACAAAAUCCGAUUUGUGUUUGGCUUUUAAGACGUUAGUUGAAAAUCAACCAGACUAUAUCAGACCACCUAUACAACCUAUUCAAAUGUCUGUCCCUAAUAAUAUGCUUGCAAUCACUCAGAAUAAUAAUAUGAUGCAUACUCAACCAUAUCAAGCAGCUGCUCAACAGAUGCCUGUGUCAAUGCCAACACCAGUUAACAUGGCACUAGAUAAAAAAGCUAAAAAAGAUCGUGAUAAUGAAUUACUAGAAGAAUUCAUUGAAAUGUUUGCUAAACAUUUUUAUGAUUUAUUAAAUGACCUUGGAGUUCCAGGAAAAAAUCAAUUAGACACUCGUCAUUUUUAUGAUAAUUGUACAAUGUCAUUAAAAAUUCUUGGUGGCAGUAACGAAAUCAGUGAGACUUGUGAAGAUUCUACAUCUAUAUUGCAAUGUUUGUUGGGCGUUAAGAAAGAACACAUACUCUUUUUUUCACCACAUUUAAGCGAUGUUAAAUGGAAAAAAGAAUCGCACGGCUUAGUAAAAGUGCAUAUCGGAGGUACACUUCAUCAAGGUGUUGGAAGAAUGGUUGGAAUGUUUGAACAGCAAUUCAUACUCAGAGAAGAUCCUCAAGCAGAAAACACGUGGAAAAUUCUUAACACAAAUUUUAUGAUGAAGAGUAUGGAUUUAAUAACAGCUGGAUCUACUUUAAGCAUUCAAGGGCCCUGCCAAACAAACCAAUUACAAAUUGAUAAUGUUUAAUAGCACUGUUUGUAUGUGUAAAGUUAAUUUUUGUUUAUAUUAUUUACUUCAAUUUAAAUAAUCUAAUUAUAUAAACAUAAGUAACAUUGUAUAUGGUUUGUAUUAAUUCUUAAAGAUUUCAACACACUUUAUUAUCUCUUUCUGUCUCUCUAAUCUACAAUAAUAUGUAGAAUAGCAAGUUAUGAUAAUUUUAAAAUUAUAACAUUUUAUUUAGAUAAAACACAUUAAAAUUAAUUUUAAAAUAUUAAAAUGUUAAAAUUAUUCGAUUCACUUUAGUAUUAAAGUCAAUGACAGAAAAUUGGUUGUGCUGAGCGCAAAUUUAUUACAUAACAUGUGGGUCCUUAUUAUCUUAUUAAGCUGGUAUAUUUUUACCUUUUUUUUAAAAUAAUUAUUAACAAUGUAUAGGACCGGCUCAAGUGUCUAAAUACAUCUUGGCAAACUUGAGUUUUGCCGCCCCUUACAUACUACAUCAAACACUUUUUUUAUCUAUAAUACAAAAAUAUUAAAUGCCGCCCUAGGCGUGGGCCUAUGGCGCCUAACCCUUGAGCCGGACCUAACAAUGUACAUAGUAUAAUGUCAUAGUUAUUUUUUACAUUAUUAAGUAACCAAUUCCUUAAGCUGAAGAAAAAUUGUACAUAUUUUAAAAAUAAAUAUAUAGAUUAUAUCUAGUA